UCAUGUCAUCUUGUUUUGCUUCAUUUCACUUCCCAGCGUGUUUUCGAAUAUUUGACCCCGAAUAAAAUCAAUAAGACAAGUAAAAUCGUCGAAAAGGCUUCGUAAUUACAUCCAAUUAAGUCAGAUAAGCCUAUUAUCUAUAAUUACAACCCAGUUUGUGCCGGUUUUUUGUCCCCACCAACAGCGUGCGCCCAGGUCGCUGCUGUAACGCCGUAAAAUGGCAAGUAAAUCGAGAAGCAGAUCUAUUAGCACUGUAAAAAGCAGAUCGAGGAGCCUAAGUUCCUCUUUAAGUCGCUCAAAGUCUCGCUCUAGGAGUGUGAGUGAUGAGAGGGAUGGAUACCGUCUUCACAUAGCCGAUAUCGGAGAUGAUGUAAGAAAAAGCGAUUUGGAUAAAGUAUUCUCACCUUUUGGGGAACUGAAGGAAGUAUGGCUCACCAACAGCACCCCUUGUUUUGGGUUUGUUGUGUUUAAAGAUAAGAAGGAUGCUGCAGUGGCUCUUAAAGCUUGUGAUGGGGCCGAGGUAUGUGGAAAUCGCAUAAGAGUAUCUUAUGCAAGACCAAGGACAAGGGGUCAAGGACGUCGCUUCUUUUCAAACAACAUGAGGUGUUACCAGUGUGGUUAUAAUGGCCACUUUUAUAGGGAUUGCCCCGAAAUUACUGGGGGAAGUGACAACAGAAAAGACCGCUUCGGGAGGGAGCGAAGAGGAGGAGAUUCGAGAAGGGGCGAAAGGGAUCGGGACUUUGGCGGCAGGAGCGGCGGCUAUAAAUCAUCUGCUGGGGGUCAUCGGCGCUCCAGGAGGGGCUCGACCGAUGAAUUCGGCAGGAUCAGGAGACGCAGGGAGGGAAGAGAGGGUAGGGAGGAAGGUGGGAGUAGCAGGAGGCAUCGUUACUAGUUGCCCGGGUAGGUAUUAGGGAUCAUUAGGUUCUAAGUUUUUUUUUUGGUGGUUUUGAGGAAAGAUAUUAAAGGCUCUAAAUAAGUUUUAACUGAAAUUUUAAAUAUGUAACACAUUUUUUUUACAAUACUGCUUUGCACCACAUAUUUUUCCAAUUAAAUUAUUAUCAGGCUCGCAAUCAAGUAUUUUUCCUCAAACAGACCAGUUUCGUAUAAGAAAACUAUAAUCAACAUUUAAGUCGCAAUUUUUUUGGUGGUAUUGUAUAUUUAUGUAAAAAUAUUCUGUGUAUUGUGCACAUUGAGAAAUUUUUUUUUGUUGUUGAAAUAUUUAGUUAUUAGGGAAAGUUUGUCAAGUUAAACGACAAUAUUUAAAAGUGGGACAUUAUAACUGUAUUAAAAGAAUAUGGAUAUCAA